CAAUGUAAUGGCGCUAAUUUCGAUGUAAUGUUCGUGCUACAGACAGUAUUCAGUAACAACAGUCAACACUUACAGACGAGAAUUUGCAACAACAUUCACCAUAACACUUUUUACCAAUCGUAUAAACGCCGCUUACUCUAGUCUUCAUUUAUUAUGGAACAAGGAGACUACUGCAGUACAAGACGUGAUGAAAAUUGCAAUUGCAAUUCCCCUCACACCUUCAAGCCUGUCAUACAUGUUGAAGUUUGCCGAAGCUUAAAAUGCGUAAUUGAGGAUUCCAUUUUGAAGGAGAGAGUAAUGAUCCUGCUGCAGAAUAUUAAAACUAUAACAGAUGAGACCAUCAUACCAUGUAAGGUGAUCGAGCGUAGUGAUCCUCUACUUGGCCAGAAUGUGAACAGCAUUUGCCUAUACCACAGUGAUGUGAAUCAUUAUAGUGGGGACAAAAGAGUGAGCAUAGCAUUGGAGAAAGCGCAUCUAACUCUGCACAUCUACUCGCUGUCUGAUGGAGGACCAGUAACAGAAGAGCUGGAUGAUGAGGACCUCGCUGCAGCGAACAACUGGAUACUGCCAGCUAGGGAAUUUAAUGGAAUUUGGGAAAACCUUAUCUUUGAAUCUGACAUUAAAGCGCAGUUGCUGAAUUAUGCAUUGACCACACUCUUGUAUUCAGACAAGCAAAUAGAUUCAAAUAUUAUAUCAUGGAACAAGGUCAUUCUUCUUCAUGGACCUCCUGGUACUGGAAAAACUUCACUCUGCAAGGCACUUGCACACAAGCUCUGUAUACUAAUGUCUGACAGAUAUACCUAUGGACAGCUUGUAGAAAUCAACAGUCAUAGUCUCUUUUCAAAAUGGUUUUCAGAGAGUGGCAAGCUUGUGAUGAAAAUGUUUCGGAAGAUUGAGGAAUUUAUCGAGGACCCCCGUGCACUGAUCUGUGUGUUGAUAGAUGAGGUGGAGAGCUUGACAGCGGCAAGGAAGGCAGCAAUGUCAGGCACUGAGCCGUCAGACUCCAUACGUGUCGUGAACGCUGUGCUUACUCAGAUCGAUCAGAUAAAGAGGCACCCUAAUGUGAUUAUCCUGACAACAUCAAAUGUGACCGGUGCCAUAGACCUAGCAUUUGUGGAUCGGGCAGACAUCAAGCAAUAUAUCGGCCCUCCUUCACCCGCUGCAAUCUACAAGAUAUUCACAUCCUGCAUUAGGGAAUUAAUGCGGGCAGGUAUAAUCAUUGCAGAGGAUCUCUGGGAUUAUAGUGAGCUGCAAGAAGUGAAUAAGGUCUCCAAUAUGGUGGCCUCACAGGCUGCUGCAAUGAGCUUAGAACUGUUUGAAGCAGCCAAGAAGAGUGAGGGUCUAAGUGGGAGAGCAUUAAGGAAGUUACCCUUCAUAGCCCACAGCCUUUAUAUACAGGUCCCCCAGGUUGACUUGCGCACGUUUGUCUCCGCAAUUGGCAGAGCAAUAGAGAAGCAGCUAGAGGAAAGAGACCACCUUGAACGAGAGGCAGUUUGAUAUGAGCGAUCUUUGGGAGGUGAUGAGUGUGAGAGCGGGUUGUUAGCAUGCAGAUAAGCCACGUACAGGAUCAUGUCAGUGACUUAAUCAAAGAUAGGGCUUCACUGGCACGUUCCAUGUUAUAUGCUCAUUGUCAUAGGGCUGGGUACCAAGCAAUUCAAGCAGCUUUUGGUAUAGCUUUAUCAUGAAUGGUGAACUAAAGUAAUCUGUGUUACACAAUUAUCACUACCAAUAAAUAUUAAUAUUAGAUUGUUCAAGUUGUAA